AUGGACGCGCCGGCGCUGCUCGCCGCUGCGGCCCCGGCUCCACGCGGACCCCAGCUCGGCGGCGGCCCCGGCCGGACCCGCAGAACCCCGGGCUCAGCGCACCGCCGGCUGCUGCUGCUGCGGGACCCAGAGGACGGCGCGCAGGGGCCGCGGCGCGGGGAGGCCCGGCCGGCGGGCCCCGGCGGUGGCGACUCCUUCGUGGUGCUGCUGGAAGUGGCGCGCGGCGCGGCCGAAGCCCCGGGGCGGCGGGAGACCGAGCCCCAGCCCGGCGCCGCUGCGAGCCCGGCCGGCCGCCCUGCGCAGGUCCCCGGCGCCGCGCCUCUCGUGGGCCCCCGGGCCGCCGGCGGCCAGGACCUGCUGGUGCACCUGGAGCGUGGCGUCCUCGCGCUGGCCGCGCCGUCCCGGCGUCCGCCGCCCGGCCAGGAAGCCGCCAGCCCGGCAGGGGCCCGCCGCGCGUCCGCCGGCCCCGGCUACCGCUGCCCCGAGCCGCAGUGCGCGCUCGCCUUCGCCAAGAAGCACCAGCUCCAGGUGCACCUGCUGACGCACGGCGGCGGCCAGGGCCGGCGGCCCUUCAAGUGCCCGCUGGACGGCUGCGGCUGGGCCUUCACCACGUCGUACAAGCUUAAGCGGCACUUGCAGUCGCACGACAAGCUGCGGCCUUUCGGCUGCCCGGUGGGCGGCUGCGGCAAGAAGUUCACCACCGUGUACAACCUCAGGGCGCACAUGAAGGGCCACGAGCAGGAGAGCCUGUUUAAGUGCGAGGUCUGCGCCGAGCGCUUCCCCACGCACGCCAAGCUCAGCUCGCACCAGCGCAGCCACUUCGAGCCUGAGCGGCCCUACAAGUGCGACUUUCCCGGCUGUGAGAAGACGUUCAUCACAGUGAGCGCUCUGUUCUCCCAUAACCGGGCCCACUUCAGGGAACAGGAACUCUUUUCUUGCUCCUUCCCUGGAUGCAGCAAACAGUAUGACAAAGCCUGUCGUCUGAAGAUCCACCUGAGGAGCCAUACAGGCGAGAGACCUUUCAUCUGUGACUCUGACAGCUGCGGCUGGACCUUCACCAGCAUGUCUAAGCUCCUGAGGCACAAAAGGAAGCACGAUGAGGACCGCCGCUUCCCCUGCCCCGUCGAGGGCUGCGGGAAGUCGUUCACCAGGGCCGAGCACCUCAAGGGCCACAGCGUCACCCACCUGGGCACCAAGCCCUUCGCGUGUCCUGUGGAAGGGUGCUGUGCCAGGUUCUCCGCGCGGAGCAGCCUCUACAUCCACUCCAAGAAGCACCUGCAGGACGUGGCCGCUACGAAGAGCAGGUGCCCGGUGUCCAGCUGCCACAGGCUCUUUGCUUCCAAGCACAGCGUGAAGGCCCACGUGAUCAGGCAGCACCACCGGCACCCAGACCUCUUCCCUCCGCUGGGAGCUCCAAGCGCGCUCGCGCCCACCAGUGACCUCAGCAGCCCCGGCCAGAGUGAGUUCAGCAGCGUGGACCUGGCGGUCCUCUUCUCCGACACGCCUGGCGACAGCGGUGGUGCCCCCAGGACCUCCGACGAGGCGCUCCGCACUGGGAUCCUGACUGUCGACGUGACUUCUGUGAGCGCCUCUCUCGGGGGGGGCCUCCCUGCCAGUCAGGCUGCCUCAGGGCCCAUGGGCCCCCUGGUCUUGGUGGCCCACGGUGACGUCCCACUGGGCCCGGACAGGCCCCUCGUCCUCGGGACGGCAGCCACGGUUCUCCAGCAGGGCAGCCUCGCUGCAGGUGACGUGCAGGCCGUGGACCCAGGGGCGCUGGGCUGUCUGGUGGCUCUGCCCAUGAAGAGCUUGAGUCAGGACCCCCAGGCUUUGACCUCUGCGAGCGGCCCCCAGGGAGACAGCAGUGCCCCGGAGCUGCUGGUUCCCAUCAAAGUGGAACCAGACUCGGCCCCCGACCCCGACGCCGUCAGACAGCAGGCGUGGAGUGGAGGGGCGCCGCAGCCUGUGGAGUCCAGCCCUGCAGAGGAGCUCGGACCUCGGAAAGACGCGGGACUUGGUGCGGGGACCGGCGGCUUCUACUUGCUGUGUGACGUGGGCCAGCCUGGCGUCUGUGAGCCCAGAAGGCGCGUGGCGAAGGGGCCGCAGGAAGGCGGGGGCUCAGCAAGAACUGAUUCCCGAGCCAUUCAACUAGCCAAGGAAAAAAAGCAGAGAGGAGCUGGGAGCCACACAGGAGCCGCGGGGCCCGCACUGAGCACAGGAGAAGGUGACGUCCCUGCCGGCCCGGGAGCCUGGCUGUGGGGCAGCCUCGCAGUGCCCGGUGUGGCUCUGCCGUGCGUCCAGGUCCAGCUGCUGCAGGAUGACCCCUCAGGGCACAUGGUCUUCCCGUUGGCGCCCGGCCCGCAGCCUCCUGUCUCCCAACCCCUGCUUGCUGUCAUGCCUGUCUACGUCCUCCAGGUCUGGAUGCCUCUUUGCUCUUUGGGUUUGUUGAGACUCGUGAAGCUUCCGGCUUCCAGAGGUGUCUCCCUGAGGUGGCCUUGCAUGGGACUCGCUGGGUGGGUUGCCAGUGUGUUUCUCCACUUUGUGGAAGAGGUGGCUAAGGGAUCGAGACAUAAAAGGUGGAGCGUACAGCUGGGAGUCACUCGUCAUGGUAGAUGGGGUGGAAUUUAAUACGGUCUUCAAGGGUCAUACAUUUAGAAUUGUGGAAGUUGGGCGGGCCAGGUUUUAGCCUGUGGGGAAAUAGGCUGAGUAUGAGCGGCAGUAGAUAAUUGAGAUUUGGGUAUAAAAUAAUGAUGUAGCUUAUCCAAUUUCAAACGUGUAUGUAAGAAACAAACAGUAAUUUUGGUUUUCUUAUAUUCGAAUUGGGCUGUUCGACAUUUUCCGUAAUGUUAGAAGUGAAUGUUGAACGGAGCGCGGGGUGGGGGUGAACUGGAGGGCGUGCGGUCACAGCGUCUGGACGGCCUCACGGCCGUCCCCUCCAUCCGUCGGGCGUUCCUCAUCUCAGGGUCGUGUACAAGUGAGCAGGGGGUCGCUGUUCCCUGGUGGCAGGCUGGGUGGUGGUGGUGCGGCCACGUGGCUGGAGCCCGUCUGCACUGAUGCCGUGGACGGCAGCUUGUGACCGUGACUGGGAGUGGGGGGCGCUCCCAGAGCGAGUGGGGAGGGUCAAAGUUCAGGAAGGACAGUCUCAUCUCUGAGGAAACGCAGAGCAGAGGACUGAGUUCACCUUUGCUUAGUGCUUAGUUUUGUUGAUACUAAAAUGUUUUCCUUCAAGGAAUAUACGCUUAAAAUACGGGGAAAACGAGCGUUUUCAACUAAGGGAGGCCAGGGGCGCGUGUGGGCCUGCGCUGUGCUGCGGUUGCCGAGCUCACCACUGUGCUUGGUUUCGCAGGAGGUGCUCCCUGCAGCUGGAGGGGCCACUGGGCCCGAGGACAUGUGGAGCUCGGGCAGCACGGUCGGCCUGUGGGCCCUGCAGUGAAACCAGCUCUGCCUGGGCCGAGGGCGCCACUUGGAAGGCUGGCCUCGUUCUUCAGAGAGAGACUUUGGGUACAUUUUCGCAAGUGUUUUUCUUACGUUUAUCAGGGAGCUGUUUGUUUGGGGCCGUACCAUCCUCUCAGGGCAGAGCGUGCCUUUUCCCCGCUCGGCUGUGCACGCAGCCUGCAUCCGCCUGGGCUUGCUGCGUGCCUAGGGAAGAGGACGGAGCCUCCGCGGUGGCCUCUGACGGGCUUCAGCACUGGGCGCAGCGUCUGGCUGAGAGCGAACAGGCUGUCCCCGCCCUCGGUGGGGGUUGCGGUUGAGCUGGGGUGGCACCGGGUCUAGUGGCCCAGGUGGCCUGGUGUCAGGGGAACGUGACGGGUGACGAGGCCCCCGGGCCCUGUCGCAGCCCCUGCACAGACCAAAUAUGGAGUUAAACCUUUAAAGUGAUGAAUUUGAGUUCUGUAUUUGGGUAGUAACAUCUAAUGGCAAUUGGACAGCGGUUUGUACAGCCACGUUUUGAGCACGGAGGUGUGUGCAUUGUUGAGGGUGACCGUGUGUUUUCACGGAGCGAGGUCUGUCCUGCAGAAGGAGACAAGUCAGUGGGCCGGACGCGGGCUCUCAGAAACGGUGUUUUGCCUUGUGCCUUUCGAAGUGUUUUUGUUCACAUGCUGUUUUGAUUCUCAGGCUUGGGAAUCAUCCCAACUCUGCCCAUUCUGCUUGUCUCUCUUGAGUUUUUGGGCUUCUGGUUCUGAUUUCUACCGUGACUUCUCUGUGUCCUGCAUGGGGGAGGGGGUGUUUCCAUCUCUAGAUGGUGCUCCCCGAAGCCCCGGGUCAUCCAGUGGCCCCUCCACGAGGAGCCAGGCCCGGCGGCCUCCUGUCCUGCGGGAGGGGAGUCCGGGCCGUGCGGCUGGACCUCUGUCCCGCACACCCGCAGUGGGUGUCCCCCUGAGGUGCUCAGGACUUCCGUUUCCUGGGCACUGAGGUCCCUGCUGGCAUUGGGCCCAACUCCUCAUGUGAGUGAAUGAAUUAAAAAAGUUUUUGUACAGCUGCACGUGGAAAGUUGACAUUUUUCCUUUGAUCCGUAGUAAUAACCCACCGUCCAGCUUGCUGAUUCCCCGUCCUGUCUGUCUUUCUUUGUAUUGGGACUGACCCCACACUCACCUCGGGGUGCAACUGGGGUUCCAGUUUUAUUUUACACUCCUCUGAUCGUUAAAAUAAGCAGAGAUUUGUUCUAAUGAAAGAGCAAGCACUGACAGGAAUGCUGGGAGCAGAAGAGGGGGUGGGCACGGGCUGGCCCUGUCCUGGGAAGGGCUGAGCGACGACAGCCCUGAAGCCAGGCUCAGCGUCCCGAGCUCGGGGACAGAGGGUGUCCUUCGGCUGCGUGGGCUCCAGACAGUGCCCCCCCCGCCCCCGCAAAGUGCACAGGUAGCCUCUUGGUUCAGCAUCUUCAGGCCGUAGCGCCCUGCCCUCCCCUCCACACGGGCACGCACCCUCGCCGGCAAGCGCUCCUGACCUCAGGCAGCAGCAGCUCCAGAGUGUGUGCGCGUCCUCGGCUGACUGGCAGAGGCCAGGGUCAGCCUCUCUGGGGGUCCGGCUGGGAAGAAACCAUACCCUGUUUCCAUGGGCACGAGGGAAGGUUCUCCUGGGCUCCUUAGGAAGGUCCAGAUGCUGGUUCUGGGGUGCCAUCCAGCGCCGUUUCACUCCUCAGUAGCCAGUGGGCGAGGAAGCAGAGUGCCAGGAGGCCGGUCCCGAGGAGGUCCCCCAGCCCCGUGAGGUAGGGGAUGCAGUGGUCAUCCGGGUCCAGGGCCCAGUUCCACGUCAGCCGAACCGUCGCUUCCGCCAGGUACAGCAGGAUCGUCACCUGUCACGAGGUGAGCAGACACAAGGUGAUGAUGGCCGAGGAGAAAGCCUGUGUCACCAAGAAACCAGCAGAUCGCAAGAGCGGACACCACGGUGGACACAUCCACCCCAGGCCCUCCCUGGGCUCCUCUCAGGUGUGCUGCGCAGCUCGGAGGCCGCGCACCGCCUCGGAGACUCAGACGGACUUCCCGGAGGCCCGCCUGGGGCAGCUCCGGACAGCUGGCCCUUCGUGGAGGCACCUCAAGCCCUGGUCAGGUCCCAGGUUCCCGCAGCCACUGCUCUGGACAGUCUCCCAGGCUCCCCAGCCUGUCCUUCAGGGUCACGGACACGCUGACGCCACCCUCAUGGGAGUGCCCACCGGAGCCCACCAUUACCCUGCAGAGGCCCCAGCCCUGCCAGCUAGAGUCUCGGAAAACGGCCUGACUGAAGUCCACGCGUGCCUGUAGCAGUGCGUCUUAAUCACGCCCUUGGGCUUGGAUGGACUGACUGGACUUCAGAAGGUGGGGACUGUGUCUUGCGUGUCCAGGGACCUCUCCCAGGAUGGGACCCCAGGGGCCAUCGUUACCUGGACCAGGCCCGCCAGCAGGUAGAGCCCCACGAAGGUUUUGUCGUUUGGGACUGACUGGCCUUCCACCAGGUAGAUGAUGGAGAAGAAGAUCAGGUGGCCUGGAACCACCAGGAAGAGCAGGACGCGGGCCGACGUGGAGUUGAUUUCUGGAAGAAACAGAGCAGAGGAGGCAGCGUGAGCUGCUGGCAGUGAGGCGCGCCCACGGCCCCUCAUCCUGCUGCCUGUGCUUACGGAGCAGCUGCGUGUGCAGCGUGUCUAGCGACGGGGAUGAGGCCUGUCAUUCCCUUGGGAGCUGACGUCGUAGGGAAGAGAGAAAAACCAGCAUCAAGUAGCAGAAACAGAAGUCAUUUCUAAACCUGACGGGUACUAGGCGGAAGGCUGACCGGGCUCAAGUGGUGGGGAGUGGCGGUGGGACGCCGAGGCCCCGGGCGGAGGAAGGAGGACGUGCAGGGCUUCGGGGCGCCGAAGGCUCUGGCGUGGGCAGCCCCUCCCUCACGCAGGACCUGGGGACGCCUGUCAGCACACUCUCCUCAGUGUCUGUGCUCAUGGGUUUGAGACGCUGCGCGAAAUGGGAUUUCACAGUUUACAACCGCCGUGAAACCAUCCGUGGGGACACGACAGCUUCUCAGGCAGAAAUGAGGAACUGCAGUGAGAAGUCCGUCUCCGUUUCCUUCUGAGUUAACCAUAAAGCGUUUCAUCAGCUAAAGAAAGAAAAGGAGGACAAAUCAAACGUAAGUACGAAGUCUACCGUAAGAUAACUUGUAGCGAGAGGGUGAGGACGCACGAGAGCAACAGAACGUUCAUGGUGAAAACUCAGAUGAGGGCUAACUUGAAAAAGAUGAAUUUUUUUAAAAACUUACGAAGGCAAGAGCAAAAUAGUUAGUUAUUACUAUUGGCAGCCGGCAUUAAAACUCAAGAAAAUCUACAGGAAGACUAAACAGCGAGAAUUCAGUAAAAUAUGUGCUGCUGCAGACUGAGCACCUGCUCCCCCAAAUCCACAAGUUGUGACCUGACCCCCAGUGAUGGUGUCAGGAGGUGGUCAGGUGCCCCCAUGAGUGAAGGGCCCCCGAAGACCUCCCUCACCCCCUUCUUCCCUGUCUGUGGAUCAGGAGGCCGGGCCUCACCAGUGCUGGUGCCCUGACCUUGGAUGUCCAGCCUCCAGAGCUGUGAGAGACGUGUUGUUUGUAAGCCCCCAGUCUGUGACUCUGCGACAGGUGCACGCUGAAAUACAUGCAGUACAGGGUAAAGAGCCUUUCUGUAUACAGAUGACAAGUCAGAAAAUAUACGGGGACUCCCCACUUUAGACACGGUGAGGCGGACACGCUUCCUGUCCCUCUCACCACUCAUCCAACAGCCCUGGACGUCAUAUGAAACGAACAUAAGAUUCUGCAAGGUGGAGGGACGAGGCGGGCUGGCCAGGGCUCCGCGGCCCAGGGAGCAGCACGAGGUGAGGUCCCUGAGCUGCUGCCUUGCAUCCCAGACCAGAUGCUGGGGAGUCAGAACGCGAACGGUCAGUGGCCCUGGAAGACAACUCGGCACGAGCCCUCCCCGUCCUGUCCUGGCCCUGGAGGUGAGAGGCUGGAGUUUGCGGGGGUAGCCAGGCCCCCUCCCUCCUGGCCAGGCGGGGGCAGAGGAAUAGGACUUGAAAAGUAACAAAAGACACGACACGGCAUUGGGUCCCCAGUUCUCAGAACAGACUCUGUGGUCCUUCCUCAACCUUCAGGCCCAGCAGGACCAGCGCCUGCCCCUCGGGGCCUCGCCCCAGCCCCCCGCCCCCGCUCGUCCUCAGCGGGGAUGCCUCCCGCCAGCCUUUCCGAGGCCCUUCUGCGCACAGCACGACUUGGAAUCCCGUGUGCGUCUGCUCUGCUGGAGCGUGUCUGUCCCCGGGGGUAGGAUCGGCUCCUCCGUCUCUCACAGUACCUGGAGAUGGUCGGUGUGCCUCUGGCUGAGCAAACGGACCGGUGAAGGCCACGUUGGCAGGUCGGGGCUGGGCUGAGGGGUCUGCUGCCACAGACACCAGAUUCUUAAAGAAACGGCCACGUGGCCUCUGGAAGACCCCAGACCCACCUGAGCUGCAGAACGUGGAGCGGGGGUUAGGCCAGCGUUUUUUCAUCCAGAGGGGCAGGACCCCAGGUGUGCUCCACAGGUGCAAGUACGUGGAGAUCCGGCUGGUCUGAAUGGCCACCAGGUUGCCACCAACACCUGCAAAGAGAAAGAAUCUGGUUUCUCCUUUUUUAUACCAGUCUCUGAGUUCUAUCCCUUAUUUUAAGUCCAGCUCCUCCAGGAAGCCUUCCUUGACUGGUUCAGCCCUUGAUUUCUUUUCUUUCCCUCCCACUUGCCCACAGAUCUCGUGUCUGGCACCAGGUAUCAAGGUAAUAGCUGCAUCACCUUGACAGCUGGCAGCUCUUAAG